AUUAAAAAAAGAAAAAGAAAAAGAAAAAGAAAAAGAAAAAGAAAAAAGAAAAAAGAACCCAAAGGGCCGCCGGCCAUCCCUCAUAAAGGCCGGUAGGCCCUCUUUUUUCAUUUCAUUUCCGAUGCACAACUUUUCUCUUCGUGUGGUGGUUUCCACUCAAGCUGUGAAGAGCUUGACCAUCAUGAUGGCGGUCGUGGAGAUCGCGCGCGUUGAACUUCAUCGAAAUAACUGCGUUCGCAUAACGCACAUCUGCAAACUGCUCUCCAGUGUGACAACAUUGCAACAAGAAGUCCUUCUCAAGUCAAACUUGAAGAAGACUGGGAGUCAAACUUUGAUCCAUCUGCUGAAAGUGCAAUGGUACGGUAGAGAAAGAGAGAUGGGUCGCGUUGAUGACGUUUUGCAUGCUUCGCCUGCGAGGCCACGUGUUCUGUUAAUCACAGCAAGUCAACCCGGUUGCACGACUCCUCAUGGCGACUACGUUACGAUGCGAGCUCUGAAGAACAAGAUGGACUAUGCUCAGCUUCAUGGCAUGGACAUUGUCUUCUCCUUGGAACUGCACGUAGGCGGUGCACAUCGCGUGAACGGGCUGCAUAACAAGGUCAGCGUCAUCAACAACACAAUUGCCGCGCAUCCUGGCUAUGAUUGGUACAUUUGGAUGGACUCGGACACCAUCAUCACCGACAUGGACUUUGAGAUACCAUGGGAAGAGUACGGCACGAAGAGCAUCGUUCUGUGGGGUAACGGGACGGAUUUCGACAAGGUCUCCAAGGAGUCGAACUACUUGUCGAUCAACUCCGGCGUCAUUUUCUACCGGAACACAGUUUACACGCAGUCGUUGUUUCACAUGAUGCGGAGGAUUUGGAGGGCGGGUUUCGACGAGGCGUACCUUCUCCUCUCACGAGUCGUCAAGGACAUGCCGGGGUACCCAAGCGACCAAUCGACGCUCAUGUACAUCCUAGCAACCCAGCCUGCAAAAUGGCGGCACCAGACGCAGUUCAUCAUUGCCAAGUACGAGAUUAACUACUUCUGGAAGCAAGUUCACUUGGAAAACUAUUAUUUCUCUAAUUGGAGAGGAGACGGGCGAUCGCCUCCUUUUGUGGUCCACUUCUGCGGGUGCGAGCUGUGCUUCGCAGUCAACCACAACUCUCAGACUUGUCUCGCAGAGUUCGAAAGGGUCUACAACUUCGCCGACGAUCAGGUGCUCGCCCGGCUCGGCAUGCGGCACGCCAACCUCAGCACCCCUGUUGUCGUGCCUGUCAGCGACCCGUUUUGUCAGACAGACAGACAGACAGACAGACGGACAGACAGACAUGGAGCAGGCAGUGGUGCGACUUUGGGCUUCAAGCGAGACGGUGUGCUGAAGGAGCACUUGGCGGCGAUGGGUGUCUACCAUGAAGGAGCGGCGAGUAGUGGGGUUUCCUGCGGAAUGCGUGAUCACCAGAGGUGGUCAUCGCUGAUGCAGGUCGGAGCAGGCCGGCUCGUCGACGACACGGUGCACGACUGCAUGGACUACGUCGUCACCAUCGCCAAUCGAGAUGCUGGAGCUGAACCGCUAGAUGACCUCGUCUUAUUAGGCACCAAAGUCCCUCGGUACAAGAUCGACGAUGGUGCGCAGCGUGAGCCUGCAUUGCGAAGGCUGAGGAAAACGGAGAGUGUGGCGAUGAGAAUCAUUCAUGGCUGGAUCUUCAAGUUGCCAUUGAGGUAAAAUGGUUUUGCUCACGCAGAGUCUUAUGUCAUCUAUGAUUACGCAACGGAUCAUGUGUGCGGUAUGUGGCAGUUCCAGGAGCGGUCUAGAGUGGUCUCGCCUGUCGUCAUCAUGCACACCCUCCACUUGAAGAUGGAUGUGCCAUCGUGGUUUCGUGGGAGCGCAUAUCGAAGACAGACCGGAAGACGAUGACAUGUCGUCGCACCAAGAGUCCACGUGGAUCCGCCUCGCGGAUUGCUUCCGCGAUGCGCUCCUGGAGUGGCAGUGAUCCGACAACGGGCGGGCGAACAAGGACAGGCUCAGCAGAUUGGUGGAUUGCUUCCACCUACUUCUCACCGUGGGCAUGUGAAUCAUGUGUAUGGGAGGCGACGACAUUCGCUCCCAUCAAGAGGCCUCCUACUAUGCAUCACUGGCCGUGAAGCCAACGAUUGUUGUCACGGGGUUGCAGGCCUUUAAUUGGCGGAAGCACAUCGUGAACGCUGCCCACAGAGCCGCUCGAACGCGUCAGCAGGCCACAUCUCUUGCUCGGUGCGUGGUUGUCGUACAUUCCUGAAUAGCCUUCCUGCAGCAUCACUUUCAACCACAACGUGGUAUUGACAAAUGAUGACAAAGCUGCUAAGAGCGAAUGGAUGGGGACAGGGCCUUUCGGCAACGAAGCAGGCAAUAAUGGGAGUGACAAGGGGCCCUGUAGUGUGAAUGGGGAGAGAGUGCAACUUCCGGUGGCAACAUGUCCAGCAGCGAUGUGGCGAUACCGAGGAAGGCCACGUCGCCCAUGUCCGUCAAGGUUGUGACGGCACCUGUCGAUCCACCGAUGUUGCGCCCUCGUCUCACCUUGACCACCGGGUUGGGACACUGUCAGGUGCUCUGGGGUGCGGUUUGGUGGAGAGACGACGGCAGGGCAUGAAUGUAACGACCUUUAGAUGCAAUGGGCAAGGUGCACACCGACGGGUUAGACAUUUGUGGUUUCAUUGGACAAAUGACGAAAACAAUCUCUCGCCAUGUUUUCGACAAUUUGAAACUUUUCUAAAGAUUGAUAGACUCUGUGCAAUCAAUUCUUUGUUGUCCACCACAUGGUAACCGCCCGGAUGUCCGGACCAGGUUCCAGACAGUCCGGUGUCUGGUGUCCGGUCCCCAUGUCUGGAUGGAGGCCCCUGGGGCAAAAAUCAAAAAAAAAAAAUGGGGCGGCCCAGGACGUU